CUUGCAUGAACUUUGAAUUUUCAUUUUAAGAUGAAACUUGGGGACAGUUCACAGAAUAUUAGCGAAAAUGAACCGGGCGAUUUUACUCCAGGUACUCCCCAUCACCAACAAAAACACAGAGAAUUAGUUGAUCAGACACCCUGGACCCCCACCUCAAACUUUAAACUUCUUCUGAAAGCUCUCAGUCCCGACAUUAGAAUCAAAGAUCAACUGCUGCUAGCAGGAAGAGAUUGCUCUGCAGAUUCACAAUUCUUUGAUGGCAAGGAAAAUUCUCCAGAAAUGAAAAAAGAAGAAACUACCAGCAAAGUAAAAUUUGUUGGCAGGAAGGAAAAAUCGUUGGGUGUCCUGUGCCAGAGAUUCUUGAAAAAAUAUCCCCCAUAUCUGCCUUCCGACAGUUACAUGGAAGUUUGUUUGAAAGAGGCAGCUGAGUAUUUAGGAGUUGGAAGGAGAAGAGUUUAUGACAUCAUAAACGUCAUGGAAGCCAUCGAUCUCACCAAACGAUUAGCAAAGAACAGAUAUUUAUGGAUUGGCAAGAAUAAACUUUCAAAGACCAUUUCCGAGUUCAAAGUCCUGGCACUGCAGGAGGGCAUGGACAAGAAGAUGGAAAAGUUUCAAAGUCUGGAAAUGUUGACGAGCAUGUCGAAGAGUCGUUCAUCUGGUUCAAUGGAAGCUUCGUUCAUAAAGUCCUCUUCAUCAAACAGUGCAGCAUCAGAAGACACUCGAAAGUCGCUGAGCUUUCUCAGCAGGAAGUUCCUCAUGAUGUUCCUCGUGUCGAAGGACAACAAGUUGUACCUGGAGACAGGUGCUCGGAUGCUACUCGACGACAUGGACAUCGACAAAUCCGAUGUGUCCAAAUUUAAAACUAUGAUAAGAAGAUUGUACGACAUCGCCAACAUCAUGUCAACCCUUGAACUCAUCAAAAAAGUUCACAUGUCAGAGUUGAAAGGUCGCAAGCCCCUCUAUGUCUACAUUGGUCCCAGUGCUCUCCUCCAUUCUGAUGUCAUCGAUAAAGCACCAGCCCCCCAUACACCCAAUCGAGUCCCCCAGCAACAGCAGAGGAGGCCGGCCAUGCAGAGGCACCUGAACUUUGACGUCAUCUGUGAGGCCGCGUCCUUCGCUCGCAACUCACUCAACGGUGAUGCUUCUCAUGGCUCGGUUGAGUCAGUGGUGAGUGAGUCGUGUUCGAAUGAGAGCGACGACACAAAGGUGGCUGAUGAGGAGGAAGAUUUCACUGCCAGCUCAGACAUCAGCUCUCCUGAUAAUGAUCACGUUAUGGGUCCGAAGAGGUUUUCUUUCACCAGUCCGAUGAAAUUGGAGUGCAGCGAAGAGGUGGUCUCUGGUAGGACGCCUCAAGUCUCGCCAUCGUUCAGCGACGGUACAAACAAUGACAGCAUCGAAGCUGACGAUGAACCUGACAACAAGUUGGUGCAAUCGAAUGUCGACAGGCACUUCGUCAGCAGGAACCUGACCGACGCGACGACACCAUCGUCAUCGACUCCGAAAAGUCCCAAGAAGCUGAGCGUCAUCACGCUGCUGCAUUUCAAGCCGUCCAAGGGGAUCUGCUCCUCCUACUCCUUCCGCGGCAUCAAGUUCGUACCAAACUCCGCAGGAAUGGGUGGAGUUUCUCAAAUGAAGAGUCCAUUGAAGAGAUUCCACAGUAGCGACCACGUGGCCGCCAGCGUAGCUACCGUUGCUGCCCGUGCCGUUGAUGAGUCGGGCGUUCCUAAGAAGGUGUUUCGUCUGGUCAUCAAGAAAUAAUUUACCGCUAUUUAUUUAAAUUUAUCGUUAUUUAUUGUAUCCAAUGCUUCAUAAUAUUAUUUAUUUAAUUUUUAAUACUCAUUCUUGCUCUUUUCAGUGUUAAAUUGCCUAUCGGUGGUUUGUUUAUUUGCGUGGUUUUAUAUAAGUGUUGCCUAAUUGAACGUUCAACCCUUCCGCCCCUCGUCAAGGUGUUCAUUUUGUUGGGAAGAUGUUUUAAAUUCGAUCACAUUUGUUAAUAAUUAACUGUCUGGUGUGAUUUUGUUUUUAAUUUUUUUAUUUGCAAUAUUUCGUUCCAUGUUUGAAUCAUUCAUCUUUAUUCUCGAUUUUAAAAUGAUCGUAUUGUAAAUAUUCAAUAAAUUAUGUUCUGUAAAUAUUAA